UUCAGUAAAGCCGCAGAGUUAAGGUUGUUUUCGACCAUGCUUAAACAUUGGGCACUCGCGCCGAGGCCAUGGCAACUCAUUUCACAACGUCGACAAUUUAGUUCGACCCGCAUUGCAUGGGCACGAACCGUAAACCCCAGUUCUUCUGUGACGUCUGCCAAAUGGACACCGAAUUCGAUACGCACUGGUCUCAUUGCGCGUAAACGUGGAAUGACCGCUAUAUGGGAUGACCACGGCGCGCGCGUUCCAGUCACGGUGCUGCAGCUGGAGAACUGUCAAGUGACCAAGAAUAUUGUACAUGUGCGUCCAGACCGCACCGAGUAUCAUGCAGUCCAACUUGGUGCGUCCGACCGUCCAAAGAGGACAACAACGCAUCAGAUGAGGGGUCAUUUCCGGACGGCUCAUGUUAAGCCGAAGUAUAUCGUGAAGGAGUUCCCUAUCACCCCCGAUGCACACGUCCCUGUUGGAACGACACUUUCCGCCAUUCACUUUGUACCUGGGCAAUUUGUGGACGUGAUUGCCAAUUCUAUCGGGAAGGGAUUUCAAGGCACUAUGAAGCGGUGGAAUUUCAAGGGUUUACGUGCAAGCCAUGGUGUUUCUGUAUCACAUCGUUCAGCCGGUGCGACUGGACAGCACCAAGACCCGGGUAGAGUCUGGCCCGGUAAGAAGAUGGCAGGCCGACUGGGAGGCGAACGAACCACUGUCCAGAAUCUUCCCGUGGUCCGUGUUGACACGACCCUCGACCUGAUUUUUGUCAAGGGCGCAGUGCCAGGAGUUGACGAUGCACACGUCCUUGUUCGCGAUGCAAAGAAGAAAAUGCUUUGUCUCGCAAAUGCAAACCAAGCUAAAGGCCUUUACGAGAGCGUCCUUCCCAAGGGUGUGGAUGAUCUACCUUUCCCUGCUGGUACCAAAGAGAUGGUUCAAUCGCUUCCUCCCGUUAUCGAAGCUCCCUCAAAACGGAGUAGCCCAUUCAUUCCUAGGGAAUAGACCAUGUAUAGUCCACCCGCAUUAUCAAGCACUCCCUAUUCUAAUUUUUGCAGCA